CCUGUUAUGCUUCCCUGUUAUGCUUCCCUGUUAUGCUUCCCUGUUAUGCUUCCCUGUUAUGCUUCCCUGUUAUGCUUCUUGGUCCACCUUCCCUCCCAUUCGGUCAUUCGCCCCUACCGCCGCACUAUGCUGUCCACAGCGAGCCCUCUCGCUCUCCCGCACACCGGAUCUUCCGCUCCCCGUUUCCCCCACGCGCGCUGUUCACUACCGCACCAAGGUCAUGCCACGUGGCUUGCGGGGAGGGUAGAGCCCUGUCUAGCUGCGCGCGGCAGGCGGAACCAUCCGCCUCUUUCGCUCCCGCGCGGUAGGCGGAGGGAUGGAGCCAUCCGCGCGGAAAGUCGCGGAGCGCUCCCCUCUGGGAAAGCAGCGCCAGUCACGGCGGCUCUUAGAAUCUCGAAUCUGGAGGCUUCUGAACCGUCGGAUGCACAACCUGUAGCUGACGUGGCGGGGCCAGAGACCCGCGUGGGCGCCAAGCGCACGGAUCCCCCCCCUGCUCGGCACGCGCAGCAGGCGGGUGGGGCGACGCCCCUUCCGCGGAGCAAUGCGGAGCUGAUGGCGGAGGGGGAGAAAGAGAGGGGGGACGGCGGAGGGGGAAGGGGAAGUGGAAGGGGGGCGAGGAAGGUGGGGGCGAGUGUGGGCGUGGACUAUGGCGGGCGGCGAACUGGCGUGGCAGUCAGCUACAGUGGCUUCGCCCCGCGACCGCUGGCGGUGCUGACGUCAAGGGGGCCUCAGCUGACGGCUGACCUGCUGAAAGUGGUGAAAGAUGAGGGGGCGGACGAGCUGGUGGUGGGGCUGCCGGUGUCGUGGGAUCGAUCCGAGGGCCCACAGGCCGCCACUUGUCGGCAGUUCGCACAAUCUCUGGCAAAACCAGCUGCCAUUCAGGGCGUGCGAGUGUUCCUACAUGACGAGUACAGCACAUCACAAGAUGCCCUCGACCUCAUGAUCCAAUCUGGCUGUGGCAGGAAGGACCGGCAAGAGAUGCUUGAUGCCUUUGCUGCUGCUGUUCUCCUGCGCUCCUACUUUGAGUCCCAAGGAGCCCAGGCGGUCGCGGUGGUGCCCAAGAGCAAGCAGCUCCUACGCAAGCUCUGCAAGCACCAAACACCCACUGAUGGGCCUGCUACAGAUGUGAUCAAGAGAGAAGCCUCCGACGCCUCAGAAGCCUCUGAAGGCUUUGCUGCUACAGACGUGACAGCCUCUGCCCCACUGGGAGCAGAGCAACGCCCCCUUACAGCCACACCUCGUGAAGUCGCGCCCGGCAAAAAGCGACAUGCACGGAACAGCAAGGCACCAGGCAAUGAUUUGCACACGACCGUGGGUAUCAGAGCGCAGGGCAAGGGGGGCAGGCAAGGCAAGUUGCCUCUGAAGAAUAGGCGCACUGUGAGUCGCAGUAAUGAUGACUUUGAUGAUGGCGAUGAUGAUGAUGAUGACAGCCUGUUUGAUGGUGACUGGGAAGCGGCUUUCAAGCUCAAAUAAUAAGCACCCCUUGGUUUCUA